AGUAGUGAAAAAAAUUACUCUUAUUGGAAUUUUAUAAUUAUUAUACCAGAAUGUAAAGAAUAUUUAUAUAAACUUUGUGAUUUUUCUAAUCAAACACAUACUGGUAAAUUUUUAGCAAGUAAAAUUGAAGGAGUUUUAGAUUUAGUUGGUGCUGAACUAAAUGAACAAGGUAUUAUUGGUGGUA